GGCAACGCAUCGUUGAUGCUUUUCAAACCAUUUGAGAUUACAACAUGUGUAGCAUUGUAUACGAUCAGGAGCUAGAGGCAUCGCCACCCAGGCAUCUGAGUGUUUCCUUCUUCGAGGAGGUGCUGGAGACGGCAUUACGCACUUCGCGGAUUCAACUGGUUGGAAUCUAUUGCAGCAUGGGCAGCAGCACCGGGGAAAACUAUUGCAGUCAAAUCUAUCGGGCAUGCAUGAAAUACAAGUUACAAAAUAACAUUAAAGAUUCCCAGAAGGAGCAGCAAAUGGCGGUUAUAGUGAAAAGUAUUCCACGCAAUGAGUCGGUGGAGUUCAUAGAGGAUUUGCAAGUGUAUUUAAAGGAGAAGAUCACGUACUAUGAAGUGCUGCCCCGCCUGGAGCUACUUAUGAAAUGCAAACGACGCUUUGGACCCAAACUUUACCAUUGUCUUAAGGCGCCGGAGAACGCAUUGGUGUUUGAGGAUCUCAGCCAGCUGGGUUAUGUGAUGGCCUCACGAGAAGCGGGUCUGAAUGAGGCACAUUGCCGCUUGGUCAUGGAACGUUUAGCGGAAUUUCAUGCUGCCUCUAUGGUGCUGGCGAUGUUGGAUACGGAAAUCUUUGAAGCCUAUGGCGAUGGCAUGUUGUCGCCUCACGGUCUGGCCAAGGACAAAGGUCUCAUAUUAAGUUUCUUUAGCGGAAACGGACAUCAGCUCCACAAGUUGGUCAGCAGUUGGCCGGGAUUUGAGCGCAUUGCGAGUAAAAUUGGAAAAUAUAUGGAACACCAUCGUUCGAACUUGGUGAGGGCUCAGGCACCGCUGGACAAAGAAAUCAAGGUACUUAAUCAUGGUGAUCUGUGGGUGAACAACAUGCUGUUCAAAUACGACAAGGCGCAGCAGUUGCAGGACGUGAUCUUCAUAGACUUUCAGCUGAGCAUUUGGGGCAGUCCCGGCAUCGAUCUGAACUACUUCUUCUACACCAGCCUCAGUUUGGAUGUGCUAAAGCACAAGCGUCCACAGCUGCUCAAGAUCUAUCACAAUCGACUGGCGGACACGCUGCUCAAUCUGGACAUGGGCGUCCCUGUGCCCAGCUACGAUCAGCUGCUGGCCGAGGUGCAUCGCCGGGAGAGCUACGGCUUCUUUGCCGCCUAUGCCAUUCUGCCCACGGUGAGCCAGGACAAGGCACAAACCGCGGACAACAAUUUGGAGAACUUCAAAGACGCCGACUUUGCCAGGCGAAAGGUGGAACAACAAUUCGCCUCCUCUCGCGUAAAUGAAACAUUGCGCUACGCUUUGCCGCACUUUGAGAGUGCAGGUGUAUUGGAUUAAAUAGGGAAUAGCAACAACAUGAAAAGCACUCACCCGUCCAGGCGUCCUUGGCUUAGUAUAUGGUUAUUUCACAAGAAAAGUUGAAACCAAAAUACAAUACAGUAGUAUAAAAAUAUAAAUAAAGAUUUUUAAGAAUUACGCGCACUUUUCACAGACUUGUUGCUGGUCUUUUUGGAUUUACCGUCGCAGUACGAGCUUUUUACAGUAUUGCCAGACUUUUAGUACUGACAAUAAGAGGCUGUGUCAGGGUUGACAGCUUUUAAAAAA